CGAAAAAAGAAAAUCACUUGAAAUUUUAUAUUUUUGGCUGGGGGAAAAGCAACCGUCUAUUUUGCUAAGCAAGUCGAUAAAUAGGGGAGUUUAGAAAGUAGUUGGAGAAAGGAAGAAGCUGAAAGAAAGCAAUCGGGAAGAGGUAUAUUUAGAAAGGCCCUUUGUAAAGGAUUUUGAAAAAAAAUGUUAAUGAAAAUGCUUGUUUUUUGAAGUCUUGUCGGCUUUCGAACAAUUUGAAAUUUUUUUGUAAGGGUUUGUUUGAGUAGUUAUUUAGAGACGGUGGAUUCAUGUGAAACACGGCUGAAAAUUUUUAGGAGUAGGGUUUCAACGAAUUUAAGCAAAAAAAACGGAGACUUUAUCUUCGGAUUUCUCGUUUUAGGGGGAGAGUUUUCCCGUGGAGAUUUAGGGAAAAAUAUACGAAAUACAAGAGGAGUUAUUGUUCUUAUUAGUCGUAGUAUUAUUAUUAUUAGGGUUAAUUUUGCAGUAGACGAGGAUCUUGUGAAAUUUAUUAUCUCCAGGCUUUGUUUCCGGAAGACUGUAGAUAGGACUGAUAUUUAUUUAUAUUCGGCUUUAAAUCUGCGGAGAGAGCAUUUCUUUGGGCAAGACUUUUAUUCGCGCUUUAAUCUUAAUCUUCUGAAAGUUUUUGUUGAUUUUUGUCGAAAAAAGUUUGUACGUCCGAAAGGAAUUUGUGUUUGGGAAAUCGGGGUCAAUAUACAGAAGUUGGGAGGGUAAGCAGAGCUAAUUGUGUGGGUGGAUUUUUGAAGUUGCCCGAGGUUUUCAAUUAUGCCAACUUCUUGGGGAGACUCAGUACCAAACUCAGAAGCGGAAAAUGUAGCUGAUAGUAGAGGUUCAUCUGCCCGCGGGGCACCUGCUAAAGCGGCUUAUGUGCCUCCUCAUCUGCGAAAUCGAGCAGCACAAGGUUCAAGUGAAGCAGCCACUGUUGCUGCUCCGGUUGAAUCUGGAUCAGCAUCUAGGCCUGGUUCUGGUUCUGGUUCUGGUUCUGGUUCUGGUUCUGCAUAUCCCCCAUCGCGCUCCGCUUGGGGUACCCGUGAGAGUGGGAGAUUGGGGUCAGGUUAUGGAGGAGGGCAAAGCUAUGGUGGGUAUCGUGGUGGCGUCGGUGGUGGCAGGGGCCGUGGUGGUGGUGGUUGGAAUAACAGUAACAGAUCUGGUGGUUGGGACAGUAGGGGCAAGGAGCGGGAAGUGAAUCCUUUUGAUGACGAAGAUGAAUUGGAAAAGGAGAAGCCAGAAGAACAGGAAAAUAGUGGCAUUAAUUUUGAUGCUUAUGAGGAUAUCCCCGUUGACACCAGUGGGGAGAAUGUUCCCCCUCCUGUAAAUACAUUUGCAGAAAUUGAUUUGGGGGAUGCACUAAACCAGAAUAUUAAAAGGUGCAAGUAUGUCAGGCCGACUCCUGUACAGCGUUAUGCAAUACCUAUUUCUCUUGCUGGACGGGAUCUUAUGGCUUGUGCCCAGACAGGUUCCGGUAAAACCGCUGCAUUUUGUUUCCCUAUAAUUGCAGGAAUUAUGAGGGGCCAGACACCCCAGCGACCUCGUGGAGCACGGACAUCAAUGCCAUUAGCACUUAUUCUUUCUCCAACAAGAGAAUUGUCAAGUCAGAUACACGAGGAGGCUAGAAAGUUUGCAUAUCAAACUGGUGUCAAAGUAGUGGUUGCUUAUGGAGGCGCACCCAUCAACCAGCAGUUGCGUGAACUGGAGAGGGGUGUUGAUAUUCUUGUUGCAACUCCUGGGCGGCUAGUGGAUCUUCUUGAAAGGGCAAGAGUAUCACUAUCUAUGGUCAGUUACCUGGCUUUAGAUGAGGCUGAUCGUAUGCUUGAUAUGGGUUUUGAGCCUCAGAUCCGUAAAAUAGUUCAACAGAUGGAUAUGCCCCCAGCAGGUCACAGACAAACCAUGCUUUUCAGUGCCACAUUUCCAAGGGAAAUUCAGAGGCUGGCUGCAGAUUUUCUCUCAGAUUAUAUUUUUCUGGCUGUUGGAAGGGUUGGUUCAAGCACAGAUCUUAUUAUGCAGAGAGUUGAGUUUGUUCAAGAGGCUGAUAAGCGAAGCCACUUGAUGGAUCUUCUUCAUGCUCAAAAAGCUGAUGGAACUCAUGGCAAGCAUUCGCUAACAUUGGUCUUUGUGGAAACAAAAAAGGGAGCCGAUUCGUUGGAAUAUUGGUUGUGUAACAAUGGAUUUCCUGCAACAACUAUUCACGGGGACAGGUCACAGCAGGAGCGUGAACAAGCUUUAAGGUCUUUCAAGAGUGGGAGAACUCCCAUUCUUGUAGCUACAGAUGUUGCUGCUCGAGGACUUGAUAUCCCACAUGUUUCUCAUGUCAUUAAUUUUGAUUUGCCAAAUGAUAUUGAUGAUUAUGUGCAUCGCAUAGGGCGUACAGGGCGUGCUGGAAAAUCAGGAUUGGCUACAGCCUUUUUCAAUGACAAUAACAUUAACAUAGCUAGGUCUCUUGGGGAUCUCAUGCAAGAGUCAAACCAAGAGGUGCCUCAGUGGCUAUUGAAAUAUGCUGUAAGAUCUACUUAUGGUGGAGGCAGAAAGCCUCGUGCCGGAGGCAGGUUUGGUGGACGUGAUUUUCGAAGAGAUGGUGGCAGGGGAGGUCCUGAUAAUUAUGGAGGUGGAUAUGGGGGAAAUCCCUAUGGUACUUCAAGCUAUAGUGGAGGAUAUGGUGCAGGAUAUGGUGGAUCUGCUGUGGGUGGUUAUAGUCAAGAUGGCCCUGUCAUUGACAGUGCAUGGGAUUAGAAUAAUGUUGGGGGUGAUUUAUGAAUUUUUUAUAUGAUGCUGGUCAGGGCUAAACUCACUAGGAAGAUGGCGAAACAUUUUUUUCAUUCAAACUGCACAUGGAUUGAUCCUUCGUAGCAUGCAUGUUAUUUUUCUUAAGUAAAUCUGCCCUCAAUAUAGAAGUUGAGUGAAGUGGAUUACGCUGGGUUUUGUAACACACGUAAACAAAUAUAAACAAUUAAUGAAUAGUCAGUAAAUGUAACGUGGAUACUCUCCUGGCUUCUGGAGUGGGGUGAUUAGCAGUAACACCUUACAAAUUGUGGUUCCUAGGCAGGCUUGGAGGGGAAGCUUGUCUGUUAAAACAGUGGCUUCUUGUUUCAGUUUUACACAACAGCUGAAAUUUUAAACAGCUGCUCUUCUAAUUGUUGCUAGUGUCAGCAAAGGCAGAAUGGUCCUUUUUAGUCUGUCUCAGAAUGUUUUAUAUUGACUUGUAAUCUUUUUGUAAAGGGUAAUGCUCAUUUGCAGGAAAAAAGUCACUGCUUGCCUAUCAACAUAAUUUGCAAUGUAUUUGCAUCUGGAAGAGUUCCCAUCUCAUUUUGUGUU